AUGGCAGGCACAAUUAGCAUGUAUGACCUUGUCAUAGUUGGUCACGGCGUGGCCGGUCUAGCCGCCGCAGUAUCGGCGGCGGAACUCGCUCCAGCAGCUCAGAUUGCCGUGCUAGAGCGCGCGCCUGAGGAUGCCAGCGGGGGCAACACGCGUUAUAGCCCGGCCAACAUGCGCAUGCGAUCUGUUAAUGAGAUAUCGCCUGGUUUCAUGGAUGAUAUGAUGACCAUCAGUGGCGUAGACGGCGACCGCGCCUAUUUCGAAAAGUUGGCCGACCAGGCACCGCAGGCCGUCCAGUGGCUCGAGAGACAAGGUGUGCAAUUUCAUGCCAUGGACUAUUUCUUGAAGUCGUGGCCAAAUAGGAUUCAGCCCGUCGGCAAAGGUGCCGCCAUAAUCGAAGCGCUGCAGCGAUCUGCCAGGGUAAAAGGCAUCCAGCUGGUGUACGAAUGCCGCGCCAAGCAACUGCACCUUGGGAAAGAAGGGGCCACCAUCGAGGCGGCAGACGGGCGGCGAUUCAUUGCCAAAUCCGUUGUUCUCGCCAGCGGUGGAUUUCAAGGUAAUCCAGACCUCCUGCAUACCUAUUUCGGGACCGGUGCGGAGUCUCUACGACCGAUAUCUCCAGGCACGCGGUGGAACACAGGUGAUGGGAUCCAAAUGGCGCUGAAUAACGGGGCUGCGGUAAAUGGAAAUUGGAAUGGCAUGCAUAGCGAAAUAAUUGAUCCGCGCAGCGAUAUGCCUGCACCGCUCGUGCUCGUCUAUCCUUAUGGUAUUGUGGUGAAUUGCAACGGAAAGCGAUUCGUUGAUGAGGGCGCAGGGCUCGUCCAUGACACCUGGGAACAACUUUCACGAACUAUCCACUUUGAUGCUCCGGGCCAGUCAGCCUGGGUAGUUUGCGAUUCAAGACUCUCUGAGGUGGAAGGCUAUGAAGCGGCCAUUCGCACCGACAUCCCGCCUCUUACAGCGGACACAGUAUCUGGCCUAGCAGUCCAGAUGAAGGUGCCGGAACAGGCGCUCUUAGAUACAAUCUCAAGCUACAACGCAGCUUGUGACACAGACGUAUCCCGUUUUUCUGCUGGCCGUCUUGAUGGCCUUGCAACUGGGCUUAGCUUGGAACCUCCAAAGUCGAACUGGGCCCGCCCGCUCAACGCUCCGCCGUAUUUAGCUUUUCCUUUAGCCGCUGCUAUUGUAUACACUUUUGGUGGACUUGCGACUGACACAGAAACGCGAGUAUUAACCCAGCAAGGCGCCAUUCCUAACCUCUACGCCGCAGGUGAGGUUACCGGCCAUUUCCACGACACCGCGCCAAAUGCUGUUGCUGUUUUACGCGCGCUCGUCUUUGGGCGCAUUGCUGGGCUCAAUGCAAUGAGCUCGAAGUAG